AUGUUGCCGCGAAGGACUAUGGAAUAUUUGAUUUACUUGGGAUUUUUUAUUUUACUACUAAAAUUCGCUGAUGCAGCCACUGUACCCACUUCUGAGGAUACAAUCAGCGAGAAUAGCAUUAAGCCUCCGCCCUUCUCACAUCUUACAUCUACAGAUAGUAUUAGCAGGAGCACGAGCAAUACUAAACGUGAUGCCAUGAAACGUGCCUUUGCCGAGUGUCGCACGCAGUGGAGUUGGUUUUGUUUGAAAAUAGAAUUCGUGAAAAUUAUGGAGCGGCUGGCCGUUAAAGAUGAGCUGUCAAUAGCACCCGGCAUCAGUGUGGUGCGAAAUGUCAAUGCGUCGGAAGUGAAAAGCAACGAUUUAAUGGCAG